AACUAGGAAGACCUACCUAAGUUUUGCCAGCCUGCGAAAGCACAUUAAAAUACAAUUUUUUAAAUAUAUUAUUGGUGAAAUGACUUUUAUUUGAUAACUUAUUGAUUUGAUUUCGGCGUACAGACAGUCAUGGUGCGAUAUAUCGCGUAUUUCACGCUCCUGUUGGCGUGUUUGUUUGUGUUGCCAACCGACGCCUGGCGAGGAAACUACGAGAGGUACGUUGUUCAACGACAACGACUGCGUAGUUACUGCGUAUGCUGGUACUGGUGGUGGGGAUGUUCGUAUUGGAGAAGCUACUGGGAGACAUACUACGACUACGAAUACAGUCGUGUCGGAUGGACUCACAAUGGAGACCUGAAUUGCAUUAUUCCGAUCUGCAGCCCAUACUGCGCGAACGGAGGGACUUGCGUGAAUCCAAACACAUGCACCUGUCCUUCUACUUCAAGCGGACCCUAUUGCCGGACAUUGACGUGUUCCUACAGACAACCUUGUUAUCCUGGAGAGUGUGGUGAUGGAUCAACGUGCAAAUGCUCUUUAGGAUUUUCAUUAAACAGCACGGCCAACGGCUGCACCAACUUCCUAACAACCGAAGAACGACUAAGACCACACAUCGGUGAAUCUAACGUUACCAUUAAAAAUGUUCGUCGAUUUGACAAAAGGAUAAACUUCAUGUUUGUUUUGGAGGUGCAGGAUGUAAACUCGUCGCUCGUCUGGAGCAACCAGCAGAGGUUUAACAACCUAAAAUUCGAGAUGAAGGCUUUGUUUGAUGGAAUAGACAACCUACCGAAUCGUCCAGUGUACGUUUACGACUCGAAGAUAGGCAUUGUACAAAACAUCAUCACUGCUAAUGUCAGCAAAAUACCACGAAACGGCGGCCCAGUGCGGGACUACGGCUCCUUUAAAGAAUACGCGUGUCAAGGGGGCGUGACCAGAGACAGUCCACAGGAGGAGUCCGCUACCUGUGUCAUCGAUGAUGACCAGUUCCUGACCCUAAUUGAGCACGGCGACUGGCUUACAAUUCACUUCCGGUCUACAAGCGGCGGCUUCCAGAAGCUCGUGAACAUUGAUCAGGGAGGCAUACCUUACGCAACCAAAUACUAUAAUGGACUCUCGGUUAUAAAAAUGGUUGAGUUCCGGUUCGACUUUAUAGCUCCGAAGCAUUGCUCGGAAGUGAACAUUAACACCUGCCCAUCCGGUGCUACUAUAUUGAACAUAACGGAAGUUUAUACAAGGAAUCCCAUCAGGCCGCAUUGGCGCGGGUGGACAGACGAACUCUCCGGGGUUGGCGAAUACUAUAUGGAGGUCUUCAAGCUUGGAUUCAACAGAGACCAUCGUCUCGUGGAGAUCACUCCUUUAAACCCAGUCUUUUCUGUCGUCAUACCCCAUACUAGCGGAACCAUCCAAUAUCCUCAAUACACACCCUCAGCUCCUGGAGUGUACAGCGUCCUCUUGGAGGUCCGUGACUUCUCUAACAAUUCUCGUAUCGCCCGCCGGUUUGUGUUGUACGACGCCACCUCCUCUGUAUCACUGAACAACGCAACCGCCAAACUGUACGUGUCGUCUGCAGUCGAGGAGACUGGAUACACAUGGCAGACACCGGCGGCAACAGGUAAUCAAGUAACAGUCAGUGUUGCUUGGCCAAAUUAUUUUGUCAACCACGUGCAUGAAGACGGACUUUUCCUCGGCGAAAUCGAGCAGUAUCCGAUUCAGUUUAACGAGAUACAAGACGACGGAGUACUGUCCAGUCAAAAGUAUGUAGCAGACGCUCUGGAUGACAACGAGGAGCCCCGAACAAGGAAGGUGAUUUCCAAUUUCCACGGAAUAAUCAAGUACGAGAUCGUCUGGCAGCCUACAGCCGAUACGAAUGAACCCACUUCCGGUUGGGAAAAAAUACCAAUGAAGGAGUCGUUUACUGCAACACGAACACUAGUAGAUGGCGACACGUUACGUGUUUGGAUACGGGCAACGGACAUCAUGGGUAACGCAAAGGCUGACAGCACCGUUGUUAAAAUAGACGGCACGCCACCAAUACUACAGACGAACCUCACAGGGAAGGACUAUGGUCUGACACGGAAUAUUGCUGACGGACCGUACAACUUCAGCUCCAAAAUCACCUUUGCAGCGUCCGACGGAAGCAGUGGAGUCCACAAGAUCGGUUUCAAAGCUAUUGUAAAGACUCAAGCUGGCGCUACCAAAGAAAUGUACAGCAAUUUUACAGCCGCAAACAUGCAAGUGGACCUUACCAACCCGUUCUGCAAGAUAGUGGAUGGCGUGUGUUUCCUGCCUGACCAGACCCUCUACUUGGACAACUGUUGGCUGACUGUCACAAAGUCUGACCUUGACACGGCCACCGCUAUGGUGGAGGUCUCUGUCUUCAACCAGGCCAUGCUCUCAAAAACGACCUCCUUUGAUAUUGGUCGAAUAAACAGUCUACAAGGUCUGGAGAAAUACAACGGCCCACAGAACCUGCGAGUGGUUAACAAGACACCGACUGGCUUUAGACUGCAAUGGGAUCUGCCUACAAGGGAAUCCUGCUAUGGAAGGGCGGACAUUCUUAUCAUUCUGUCGCGCCGGGCAAGUUGGACCACCAUUUACAAUAGUUAAAUCCAAGGCAGCAAAUUUCGUUGCAACAUUUUUGUAAUUUGGUGUCACAUGAAGAUAACUUAUUGUUUAAAUAUUUUGUUUUAUGAGAAUGUGUGAGAACAAAUGUUCCCGUUGCUAUAUUUUCUGAAUGUGUAUUAUAUAAAAGGUUUUUCGGAUAACGUUAUUGUAUGUCAUCAGCAUACCAUUGUUUGCAUGAUAUACAUGCAGUAGAAAACGUAGAAUUCAUUAAUGACAUUA